AUGUACACCAAGUUCUCUAUCUUCGGCUACACGCUUUUUCAAUGCUUGGCCGUUACCGCAGAGACUCAUCCCAAGAUGACUUGGCAGAAGUGCACUGUCCGGGUAGUUGCAGCAAUGUCAAUGGCGAGGUUGUCCUUAAUUCCAACUGGCGUUAGCCUCAACGAGACUAUUUGCUCCGACGGCAAGAAGUGUGCCGAAAACUGCGCCAUCGAGGGUGCAAAGUACUCCAAGACCUACGGAGUUACCACCAGCGGCAACGCCUUAACUUUAAAGUUUCCUCAAACCCAUGAAUAUGGCACCAACAUCGGUUCUCGCAUGAACCUGAUGGAGACUAGCUCCAAUUAUGCCAUGUUCACAUUGAUGAGGAACGAGUUUGCUUUCGAUGUCGAGCUUUCUUCUAUAGCCUGUGGUCUCAAUGGCGCUCUCUGCUUCGUUUUCAUGGACUCAGAUGGUGGUCAGAAGAGAUUCCCUACCAACAAGGCAUGUGCCGAGUACGGCACGGGAUAUUGUGACUCACAGUGCACUCCUGAUCUUAAGUUCGUCAACGGAAUCGCCAGCUUUGAGGGUUGGAACACAAGCUCCGAUGAAAACACGGUGAUCUGGACUCUGCAUACCCUCUUGACCGUGAUGAGUCGGAGCCUGGCAUUGCCCGUGGCUCGUGCCCCUGUGGCUCGGGCAUGCCCGAUGACGUUUAUGAGAGUGCCAAAAAUGCGAAGGUAUGGUUGA